AAAAACGUCUAAUGACAAACAAAGGAAAAUAUUUUCUUUGUUUUUUUCUUUAAAUAAUAAUAAUUAGUUUAGAGUUAAUUAACGGAAUUUCGUCUAUAAGAUAAGGUCUUUGACUGAUUGUCAACAAUCAACAAAGUAUAAUUAGUUUACUUUACAAUGGAACAUUCAGCGAAAGCUUCUUUGAAGCGUUUGUGAAAAAAAUUUUUACCAAAAAUAUUUCUAUAAAAAUUCAGAGUGUAGUUUUUAUUAAUAACUGUCAAUUUUUCUGUAUGAUUUUGAAAUAUGGGAGCUGGAAGAAGUCAGUUUAGUGAGGAAGAGUUACAGGAUUAUCAAGAUUUGACCUAUUUUACAAAAAAGGAAGUUCUUUAUGCUCAUCAGAAAUUUAAAGCCCUCGCUCCGGAAAAAGUGGGACACAAUCGAAAUGCAAAACUGCCAAUGUCAAAAAUACUUCAGUACCCGGAACUUCGAGUGAAUCCUUUUGGUGAUCGAAUAUGUAAAGUAUUCAGUUCCAGUCAGGAUGGCGAUUGUACGUUCGAAGAUUUUUUGGACAUGAUGUCCGUUUUUAGUGAUGCAGCACCAAAAGCUGUAAAAGCCGAGCACGCUUUUCGAAUAUUUGAUUUCGAUGGCGAUGAUAUGUUAGGAAUAGGAGAUUUACGUCAAGUUGUAGAUAGAUUAACAGCUCCACAAAGAUUAAGCGAUACAGAAAUGCAGCAGCUUCUUCAAUAUUUAUUAGAGGAAGCCGAUUUAGAUGACGAUGGUGCUCUCAGUUUUGCCGAAUUCGAACACAUCAUUGAGAAAAGCAGCGACUUCUCCAAAACAUUUCGCAUACGAUUAUGAAAUACAACUCAUUAAAUCAGCAUUUAAAUUUCUAUUGAAGACUGAUAUCAACAUUACAGAGAAAUUUGGCACAAAUGGCCUAAAUCGAAGAAAUGUGCCAAAUCGAUGAA